AAUGCAAAUGCAAGCCCCUUCUUCAUCCCGUAACAUCUUCUCGCAACGUCCUCCGUUCUGUAUAAAUACUCCGCCCCGUCGACCCGUGUCAUCUGAUCUCACACAAGCAGAUUCUCCGCUCUCUCUAUUUCUCAAUCCAUCCACAACAACCAAGCAGCUCUGUAGUCUGUGCUCAGCUCAGCUCACACAGGACAGGACACAGCCUUAACCAAACCCAAGACUCCUCUUGGCCACACGUACAACUGACGCACGCACGAAACAAUGGGGAUGGGGUUCGUGUGGAUGGUGGGCGCGGCCAUGGCGGCGGUGCUGGCGUCGUGGGCGUUCAACGCGCUGGUGUACCUCCUCUGGAGGCCGGAAAUGAUCAGCCGGAAGCUCCGGGCGCAGGGCGUGGGCGGGCCGGGCUACCGCUUCUUCUCCGGCAACCUCGACGAGAUCAAGCGGCUCCGGGCCGACGCCGCCGCCGGCCCGGCCCUGGACGUCGCCGACCACGAUUUCGUGCCCCUGGUCCAGCCACACUUCCGCAAAUGGAUCCCCCUCUACGGGCGGACGUUCGUGUACUGGUUCGGGGCGAAGCCGAGCGUGUGCGUGGCGGAUGUUGACAUGGUGAAGCAGGUGCUGUUCGACCGCAAGGGGCUCUACCCCAAGAACAUCGGCAAUCCCCACAUCGCGCGUCUCCUCGGCAAGGGGCUCGUCCUCACCGACGGCGACGACUGGAAACGCCACCGCGAGGUCGUCCACCCCGCAUUCAACAUGGACAAGCUCAAGAUGAUGACGGUGACCAUGUCCGACUGUGCCGGGUCAAUGAUGUCCGAAUGGGAAGCAAUGUUGGCCAAGGGCAAUGACGUGGAGAUCGAGCUGAGCAGCCAGUUUGAGGCGCUGACCGCGGAUGUGAUCUCCCACACGGCGUUCGGAAGCAGCUUCAACGAGGGGAAACGAGUCUUCGAGGCCCAAAGGGAGCUCCAGUUCCUCGCCUUCUCCACCGUUUUCAACGUCCAAAUUCCGGGGUUCAGGUACCUUCCAACGGAAAAGAACCUGAAGAUAUGGAAGCUCGACAGGUCGGUAAGGACCAUGCUGACGGGCAUCAUCAAAACCCGUCUCGCGGCCAAGGACACCAUGGGCUACGGCAACGACCUUCUUGGGCUAAUGCUUGAAGCAUGCGCACCCGAGCACGGAGAGAGCCCACUCCUAAGCAUGGACGAGAUCAUCGACGAGUGCAAGACCUUCUUCUUCGCCGGCCACGACACCACCUCGCACCUGCUCACCUGGACCAUGUUCCUCCUCAGCACGCACCCGGAGUGGCAGGAGAAGCUCAGAGAAGAGGUCCUCCGAGAGUGCGGCGCCCAUGAGGCUCCCAACGGUGACAUGAUCAACAGGCUCAAGCUGGUCAACAUGUUCCUUCUGGAGACUCUGAGGCUUUACAGCCCCGUGUCGAUCAUCCAGAGGCAGGCCGGCUCGGACCUCGAGCUCGGGGGCGUCAAAGUGCCCGAAGGCACGGUGCUUUCGAUCCCGAUCGCGACGAUCCACCGUGAUGAGGAGCUCUGGGGCGAGGACGCAGGAGAGUUCGAUCCUUUGAGGUUUGAGAAUGGAGUGAUGAGAGCCGCGAAGCAUCCCAAUGCGCUGCUGUCGUUUUCCAGUGGGCCGAGGUCCUGCAUUGGGCAGAACUUUGCGAUGAUCGAGGCUAAGGCUGUCGUCGCCAUGAUCCUUCGGAGGUUCUCCUUCUCUUUGUCGCCCAAGUAUGUCCAUGCCCCCAUGGAUGUGAUCACCCUAAGGCCCAAGUUUGGGCUUCCCAUGGUGUUCAAGAGCCUGGAGGUGUAGGGGAACAUUAUGCGUGUAGUGCUGACCCUUAGGCGAGGUUUUGCAUUUAUGUGACCGGUUUAGUACUUUAGUAGGACUGAGUAUUAUUGUGUGCAGUGGAUAUAUAAGCGCUGCUUAUCUAUUGAACUCUCUUUUUGAAUAGAAAUAAUCAGAUGUAACGACUUUUUUCUUAUCUAACUAGUUCGGGUUUUUUUGUUGCUCAUCAA